GGACGACUAAGACUAAUCCUAAUAGAGCUGCGCCUGCCGGCCCACGUUUCCGCGCCACCGUGUCGCGCUUCCUUUCGUAGAUCGGGAGAGAAUCCGCGAGCAGGCCCGUUGUCCAUGCUUCUCGCCAGUCGGCCUGUGCUCCUCGUCCGUCAGUGAUUCAGCAACCAGUCGCGAUUAAUAUGGGCACCUGGAUGUCCUGGCUGAUCCUGCUGCAACUGUCGUCUGUGUUCGUCCACGGCUACGACAACGUGGGAUUCGACGGCUGGUAUCAACCGGUUCCGCAUCGGCCGGUCGACAUCAUCACGGACGUUAUUAACGACCUAGGCGUGCGGAUUCUGCAGCAGUACACGGCUCACGGGAACGUUGCAUUCUCGCCGACGGGGGUUGGCUUCGUCCUGGCCGCGCUCUACGAGGGCUCGGCUGGCAGAGGAAGACAGCAGAUCGCCGAUGCUCUCGGUCUACCGCGAGAUCGGCACGUCACCAGGAUCGGUUUUCGCGAUAUCCAUCGCAGAUUGAGGACGUAUCUGAACGCGGACGGAUUUCUCGGUGGCCUGACGCUCAAUCACGAGAACACGAAACUGAGGCCGGAAUAUGAAGACAUUCUGAGGUUCUACGGAUUCGACCUGUCCAUCCCCGAGGAAGAAACCAACGAAACUACUUCCGCCGUGCCAGAAACAACCAGUGUCGUGACUUCCGAACAACCGACGACUGAAGCAAGAACGUCGAUUUCUGACGAAACUACCACGCAAAGCGUUACCGUAAGAACUGUGCAGACUUCCAAGACCACUAGCGAUAUGCCAAUGUCUACCACUGCCUCGGUUGAGCUCCUCGGAACGACGUUAAGCACCGUGGAUGAGCAAGAUAGAUUGACACAAACUACUCCUGCUAGCACUGUUCUAAUCGGCGAUACAGAAACUACCACCUUAGCUAAUUUAGUUACGACCUUAUCUACCGAAACAGCAACUAGAUCCACGAGCGCGAGUAGUACCUUAUCUAGUUCAAUUACAACUUCACCUACCGAAACUACUCCUAUCAGAAGUGAAGCUUCUACAGUAACAUCUGAAACAUCACAAACAACCAUUGCAAAUCCUAUUCAACUGACGACGACAGUCGCUUCGAUGCCAAAUAUUCAAUCAUCAAACACCGAAGAGACGUUAAAUGUCCCAUCAACUACUGUUAUAAAUACAUCUGCUUCAAGUUCAAUUUCAGAGAUUCCUUCCACGCUCGCAACCGAAGGAAACUCAGAAUCGAUUAGUCAGACGACUGUUUCGCCUGAUCAGCCCACCGAAACUACCACCAUCGCAGUGUCCAUUUCAGAGUCAACACCGAGCACGGGAACUAUCGUUGGGUCAGAAGUAUCAGCGGCCAAUGUGAAGUUCACUGAAGCUUCAACGAGUUCGACGAUCCCGACUCAGGCGUCGUCCACGGAUGGACCACCUGCCGAUGAGAAUACCGUUUCAACGGACUCGAAUAAUCAGUCUAUUUCGAACGAGAUAGGAUCUACCGAUUCGCUACUCACGACCACGGGCGAAACCGAGCCCACUGGACAGCUGACCACUGUACCCUCCAGCCCGAUGAUGAAUCGAAAGAAACGUAGCGACAGGAGCCCGAGGGGAUUCUUCUCUAGUUAUCCAGACGAAGGAAUUUGGAUGCAAGACCUAGGCAUCUGGAAGCCCUAUUCCACGACUUUGAACGAGGCAUCCGUCAGAGACUCGACGGAGAUAUCAUUCCUAGUAAAUGGUUGCGACGUCUCCUCUGUUACGGCUUCGAGAUACUUUGCAGUUCUACCUUUUGCCUAUUUCCCGUCGCUGCACGCUGUUGCCCUCGAGUUUCCGCUUGAUGAUCCAAGGUACAACAUUCUGCUCAUGAUGGCGACAGACAGAAGGGACACGUAUCGUCUGGCGAGAGAUCUCGGCGGGAAAUCGUUGAGACUACUGCGGAAGCAGUUACAGGCUACUUGGGUCAGGGCCACCAUACCGUCCUUCAUGUUACGCGGUUUUGUCACGUUGACGUCCUUCCUCCAAAGGUUGGGGAUUUUGGACGUGUUCGAGCCGAGAACAGCAGACCUCUCCCCAAUGACACCAGAUCUUGGUGUGUAUGCCAGAGACGUGCAGCAGAGCAUCGGCGUGAACAUCAGAAACUAUAUGAAACCAGACAGGACCCACUCUCGUGAGUCGACUUACCGCCCUACCGAUCCUCCAUUGAUCGUUCUACUUCGUCGGGACUAUUACCGAUACUAUCAUCCAGGGAAUGGAUUAUUCGAGAGGGCAGGGCCAGUGCCAUUUACAGUUGUCCAUCCGUUCCUCUACUUCAUCGUCGAUGCGGAGACCUCGGUGGCUUUGAUCGCUGGUCGGGUCAACGAUCCGCUCAAUUCGCGAAUCUUGUAACUGUUAACAUUUCCUACUUGGGAACAAAGAUGGACGAAUUCCGGGUAGUAAUAAACACACGUGUAUGUUUAUUUGACAUACUUAUAAAUAUCU